AUGGCACUCAAAAGAAUCCAGAAGUGUGUUUUACCGGACUAUUUUCAGGAACUCCAAGAUCUGGGACGUGACCCACCGGCUCAGUGUUCUGCUGGCCCUGUAGGCGAUGAUUUGUUCCAUUGGCAAGCUACAAUUAUGGGUCCUCCUGAGUCACCAUACCAAGGAGGAGUCUUUUUCCUUACGAUUCACUUCCCCACGGAUUAUCCAUUUAAGCCACCAAAGGUAUGUUUCAGGCUUGCUUCCAAGUUCAAUGAGGCGGGAAAGAUUUGA